UUACUACCCUUUAGGUUAACUACUGCGACUUCACCUUCUUCCACUCGAUUCCGGCGACGGAAGUUCUAGAGUUCGCUCCAGCGCAGGGCUCGGGGAGAACGAUGCGAAUCAUCUGAAACUGAAAGCUAGCUCUUUUAUCAUCAUUGAUGGCGUCUAGUCACCUUCCAUGGAUUUCUGGUAAGGAUUGUGCAGCCAGUGCUGAGUCUGUUGGGGAGAACGAAAUAGACGAAAUGGAAUACCUUACCGAUAGCGAGCAGUAUGAUUCUGAAGAUGAAGACGAGCAGGAGGCGAAAUUCGUCGAAAUCAUUACUGAAAUGACAGAUGAGCUUAGUGGAUUGCGAACUCUCAUAACCAAGGCAACGCAACUCAUUGUUAAAGUGCUUGGCGAGAGCAAGGAGCUCUGUAAUAUGAGGGAGAACGUCCUGUCGGAGCUUGAAAAGAUUGAAGGACUCACUCGACACGAAGUGAUUGCUGCUAUGAGGAGGCUGAGAAACGAAGAUAGGCAGCUUGAGUUGUUUUAUAGUUUGGAUAACAACUCGGAUCGCUUGCUUCUCGUGCAAGCAUUACUGUGGGAGUAAAGUAAGAUCUGGGGUUCUCUGCCCUUCUCGACAUCCAGCCAGCGUAUGCACGAAGGUUCCUCGUGAAUUGGGGCCUUCUUUUUGGUAUUAUAUUUUGCAGUUCGGCAUGGGAAAUGGCAUGAGGUGUAGCAGAGUAGUAUAUAUUUUGAGCAACUCUCUGUAAUUGACAUGGAAGAUGAACUGGGAUAGCUAGGCUGUAAAUUGUG